AUGCGCAGUCGCCCCGAAUACCAGAGGGUUUUGAUGGCAGCCCACAAAGCCCUACUGUACUGGACGUCAUCGCAGGCCAACUGGUGGCGCCGGAAAGUAACAUUCUAUGAUCCUGCCACGCUCCACCUGAUCGGUCGCCCUGAGAUUGCAGCGGCUGAGACCGCGGUGGCCCACGCACUUGGAGCAGUCUUUCGGGUAAAUUUUCAGUCCAUGGACAGCUGGAGGCACUACAACCUUUCUUCAUGGCUGAACAAGCUGCGCAGCCUCUGCAGCAUAGGCUACCCACCCCCCCCAAAAUGGAUGAGCCUUGGUGCUGAACACGACUGUGCCCUUGUGGGUGAACCGAUUCCUCGGGACCCCGACGAAGAGACGGUUGAGCUGGAUCGAAAGUUCCUCGACAUCAUCACCGUCCAAGGCCGCGAAUACCAGAAAUACUCCAUUGACAAUCGCAUAUACUUUGGGCCUGUGGAUGAUGAAGAGGCGCAGUCUCUUGACUUGCAACAAUUGUUGUUCCACAGAAUCUUCGAUGGCCGACUGAUAUUUCCCCCACUUCGCCGGUUGGAUAGAAUCCUGGACUGUGGCCACGGAGCCGCGUCUUGGGCAACCGAUGUCGCGGAACAUUACCCAGGUUGUGAAGUUAUCGGUGUAGAUAUUGCCCCGCACAUGAGCCCAGACAACGUGCCUGAUAAUCUUUGGCUUCAGAUCGAUGACCUGAACCGACCUUUCACAUUCCCUGCCAAUCACUUUGACCUGGUGCAUUCUCGACUUCUCGCGAGCGGCAUCGACCGAUCCCGAUGGCCAUCGUACGUUCGCGACAUCGUCAGGGUACUGAGGCCGGGUGGAUGGGUCCAGAUGGUUGAGAUUUAUUUCAAUGUGCAGUCGGACAACGGCUCAAUCACGGACAGCCAUGCACUGCGCCGAUGGAGCACCCAGUAUAUGCGUUCCUUGGACGAUCGGAAGGAUCUCCGCGUGGGACCCAGAUUACAAGACCUCCUUGCACAAGCCGGACUAUCGGAGGUUGAGACAAAAAUGAUACCUUUGCCGCUGACGGCGUGGUCAAGCGAUCCCAGAAUGCGGGAGAUAGGUCGACACACCGGCGAAUGUAUUGACGACCUCUUGUUCUCCCUCGCCCUGUAUCCUUUGACUCGGCGCUUGCACAUGUCGGCCGAGAACUUUGACAAAUUGGUAGAGCAGGCUCGAGAAGAGGCCAAGGACCCCUCGUUGAAGGCAUAUUUCCCUAUUUUGGCGGUUGAUCCCGCAUCGAAUUCUCUCUUCAAUUUUGUGGCGCGGAGUCAUCUGCCCCUGCUUCCGUCGAUCAACAACAUUGUCUCCAAGAAAUCAAAACGGGCAGGUAGUUCCACGAUUCCCACCAUUUUUCGUUUCACGCGUCGCAGUCUGUCCUUCGUCUUCGUACCGGUGCUCGCUUCGGCAUCGCAGUGA